UGAUAUUAUUAAAAAAAUAAACGUUAAAAAUAAACGUUUGGUUCUAUUUGAUCACGAAAGCAGCGGAUGAAUACAUCCACACUUAACGCGUCGACGAGUAACGUCAUCAUCAUGCGCCUCUUGUUUAUGAAUAGCCCCCCCGAUAUUCAAGUUGCAACCUUCAGUAACGGUGGAGCAAAAAAAAAACACCGUUGCAUGUAAAGAUGAGUUAAUAAACGAACGCUGACGUAAACAUAUGGCGUUCUUAGGCCUCGAUAAUAUUAUCAAACCUGAAAUUUGACGAAAUGGGAAAACUCGCGAGAAACUGACACCAUUUGGUAUGACGUGACCAAUGCUCAAAUUUUUAAUCUUGUUUAAGAGACAUUAAGCAAAAGACAGACCACAGUGACAAAUGUGAGGAAAUAUGGACACAGAAGACAACGUGGAGACACUUGGCGAGCAGCUAUACGCUCAGAUUUUCCCCAAACACAGCGAGCACGCUGGGAAACUUACAGGUAUGUUGCUGGAGCUUCCUGCACCUGUGCUGAGUAAGAUGUUGCAGGAUGAGGCCAUGCUCGCAACGGCCGUAGAGAAAGCUGUUGAGGCCCUGCAGAUCAAUUUGCACCAAACAUCCAGCAUAAAAACAAGUAAGGAAGAAGACGAUGGCUCUACGUCUUCUGACUCUUUGGGCGAACAGCUUUUUGACCUCGUGGACGUUUACAACACUGGAUACUCACAGAAGAUCACAGGCAUGUUACUGGAGCAGCGCAAGGAAGCUGUGUUAAAGCUUCUCUCAGACCCCAAACAGCUGGAAGAGCAGCUGAAUGCAGCGCUCAAGACCUUAAAACAGCAGCGAAUUGCGGAGACAGACGUAAGCGACACAGAGGACACAGAAGGGUUGGGAGAGAAGCUUUUCUUGCGGGUGCAGGAACUGGACCAGCUUCACGCGCAUGAAAUCACUGGUAUGCUGCUGGAGUUGGACUCGGAUGUUCUCCACCAGCUGCUUCGAGAGCGCACUAUGCUGGAGACUGCUGUUCACAAAGCACAAACAGCCCUCAGAACAUGAAAUAUUUGAAUAUUUGGAGAGUACAUGUUGAAGCGUUUAUAUAGAGUCCAGAAAUGUAUUUUAUUCUGUCUUUUGCAUUAUAUUUUAUUGAUAAUGUAACUGUUUUUGUGCAAAUGUAAAGAACAGAACAAUGUAUAAUUUCCUUCGGGAUUAAUAUAAUUAUCGAUCUAUCGACCUGUCUAUCUAUCGAGAGACGCAGCGGAAGUAGUACGGCAAGUUCACAUGGACAAAUUUUGUAUGACGCGCCUCCCAGGAAAAUUUCGUCAAACUGUGUUAAAUGCGGACAAUAUACCCUAAUGGUGCAAAAUCGGAGUGCAGAAAAUGGGGGGACUUUUAAGUAAUUUUAAAAUUGGAAAUCAUCAACAUACCAUGUGCAGAGGGGCGUGGAACGGGUGGGGCAGAUAGCAUGGCAUCCCUUCCUGAUGUGAGAAGGGCGUCCACCUCACCUUCUCCAUCAUUAAGUAAAAGACCGUUGCAGCUUUUAGUCUUGUACAUACUUUGACAGUAAAAUUGAAGAAUCGUU